UGAAGGCAAACAAAGUAGGCAUAAGAAAGCAGCAAAUUCAUCAAGACGAGGUUUUGCUGUAUAUUAGCAGUAACUGUAAACUCCACUGAAAAACAACAGUAAUGCAAAGAGAAAAUAACCAGUGACAUGGAGUUUACUCGGCGUUACCUGCCAAUGGAUUGGGAAGAGCGAUGGAGGAGAGAGAAGGAGAGGAGAAAAAGAGUGAUUGAAGAAGGUGGAGAAGGGAUUGAACAGGACAACCGUGAGCUGAGGAGGAUCGUGGCUUACAAUGACUCCAGGAUGGGCCUGACGAGUGGGAGGGGCAACAAUGAGGGGUCAGAGGUCAGAAUGAGUGGUGCUGGUCAGGAGAGAACUGGGGAGCUCAUGAGCGAUGAAGUAUUUGGAGACGAAGGGCGUAACAUCCACACUUGCUGCAGCAAAAACUAUCCUAAAGAGGUGUUUGCAUCCCUGCAAGAAUUGUGGGAUUCAUCUCUUCUCACAGACCUGACUCUGACCACUGAGAAUGGGAACAGCUUCCAUGUGCACGCCCUUAUCCUGGCUGCGGUCAGCGGUUUCAUUCUGGAAAGGCUGAAGAUAAAAUGUGGAGAGCAAAGUGUCGAACAAUCAGAUAAUGAAGAAGCUUUACAAGUCCAUAGGUGGUCAGUACACACGGGUGCUGGAGUUGACCAUGUUGGGCUUCGGGCAGUUGUGGAGUUUGCCUACACUGGGGUUGUAGUGUCUUUAAACAAAGUCACCAUGGCUCAAAUCAAGGCUGCUGCUCAAGUGUUGGUGGUACCAAGACUGGUGGAGCUCUGCAACAACAAAGAAAGACUGAAGGAAGGUGAUUGUGCCUUGAAGGAAGAGAGAACGGUCUCUACUGUGGAACAGAUGAAGAUUACUUUUCAGGCCAUUGAACAGCUGUGGGCAGAAAGAGUUGGAUGUGAUGUAACUUUGAAUGUGGAUGGCUCUUUCUUUCAUGUUCACAGAGUUAUCCUGGCAGCAAGCAGCGACUACUUCCGAGGCAUGUUCACCUGUGGAAUGAGGGAGUCUCGUCAGACUUGCGUUGAACUUCACUUCUUGUUUGCUCCUGAGUUAGAGGCACUUAUUAGUUGCUCCUACAGUGGAAACCUUCUGCUUAGUUGGGACUCUGUUUUCGAGAUCACCUGCACGGCCCUCCAGCUUCAGUUCCAGCCUGCUCUUUUGAUUUGCCUCAACUUCAUGCAUCAAGAAAUACAGGCAGACUCCUGCCUGGAUGUGGCAUCUUUUGCUGAAGCUUAUGGAAUGUCUGAACUUCUGGAGGAAGCCAAUGACUUUGUACUGAGGAACUUCAGGGAAGUGUCAGCCACAGCAAAGUUUCAAGACCUACCAGCAGAGAAGCUACUGAACUUCCUUUGUUGUGAUGGUCUGUGCGUGCCGUCAGAGUUGGCUGUAUUUCGAGCUGUGAUCUCAUGGAUUGAGGCUGAUCCUGAGGAGAGAUUGGCCCAGGCUGGCUUGCUGAUGACAGGAGUUCGGUUCCCCCUCAUGACCUUUCGAGAGUUCAGGGAGGUCAGAGCCAUAAACCUGCGCAUGGAGUGCUUUGGAGACAAAGAGGUUGAACUCUAUGGUUCGGCACUCAAAGAAUUUGGUUUCAGCCUUCCAAAAUCCCAGGAUCACUGUCGGGUGAGGAGGCCCAAAGAUGUUGUGGUUCUUAUCGGGGGUGACCAGCUAAAUCAAGAUGUGGGCCACCGCAUACCGAGCAGGGAACUGUGGUUUGUGAACUCCCUACGUUGUGGCACGGGGUUAGUGAAGGAUAUUGAAUGGAGGAGACUGAGUGAGAUUCCAGACAAGCCAAAGUUUAGACAUGGAGUCGCAGUAAUGGAGGGGAUGCUGUAUGUAGUUGGGGGAUGUUACUUUUAUGCAAAGGAUGACAUAAUGAAAUCUGCCUACAGGUACGACCCUGUGAAGGACAGCUGGAAGAGGCUGGCUGACAUGCAAGAGUUCAGAAGUAACUUCUCAAUGGUGGUACAUGAGGAGCGCCUCUACGCCAUUGGUGGAGACAAGGACAUCAACACCAACGUUGACAGUGUUGAGAUGUACAACCCAGACACUGACUCCUGGAGCUUUGCCCGUCCUCUGGAUCAGGCUCUGAGCGGCUACGCUGUCGCCGUUCUAAAUGAAGGGGUUUUCAUCUCUGGUGGUUUCAACUGUGAGUAUGUGUGUCUGGUUUCCAUGUUCUUGUACCACCCAGAGAGAGGAACCACCUACCUGGCAGACAUGACGAAUGAGCGGGCCCAGCAUUGCAUGGAAGCCCUGCAAGGCCAUCUUUACGUCGCCGGUGGAGUGUGCAACCUGAGGAAGUUUUACACCGACCAACAAGCCUGCGAGGUGUAUGAUCCUGUGGCCGAUGCCUGGACUGCCUUUGCGUCACUGCCUGUGCCCCAUGUUGGUGCAGCCUCAGUUGUCCUGGAGGAGAAGUUCUAUGUACUGGGAGGAUACUGCCAGGAUGACUACAGUGAGUCUGGACUAGUCCAUCGCUUUGAUUCCAGCACACAGCGGUGGGAGAACAUGGGCAAACUGCCAGGGGCUGUUACGGACAUUCAGGCCUGCCUGCUCCGAUUACCCCAGCACCUCAGACAGUAAAUGACUGGUCAAUAAAUCCACUGUGGCCGUUGUAGUCAGAAGAGUUAAAGAUCAAAAUAUGGCAAAGAUACCAACAUAAUUGUUUGUAAGUUAGAGGUUUUUGGGUUGAUUAUGAGCAGAUUUUAUCUAGAUAAAAGUCCAUUGCUACUUAUUGUAGUACUUUUUGAAUAAAUAUUCCACUACAACACAGACAACUCAACCAACAGUCCAUAAGAGUGAAGAAAUGUUUGAGUAGACGUGGUUCCUGGAUUCAAAAUCAGUUUGUCUGAGAUGUUCCUUGGAUGGCAUGUAGACUCUAAAGUCCAAAACCUCUAUUUUUUUUCAUAAAUAGUCGCAUUUAUUAUCACAGCAUGGGCAUGUUUCACCUUAAAACUCUCAAGUGUUUUGGCAUGAAGCCCUCAUCAGCGAGUCAAACAGAUUUCAUGGAGCCAAUCUGUGGAACCAGGGAAACCACAAAUCUUACAUUUGGACGUGGUGUUUGUGGCAUAAACACAGUGUAAGCCUAUAAAACCUCCAGUCAGUCACCAUUUUGACACACAGUAUUUUUCUAAAUUAUAACACAAUCAAUACCAACAAUAGCAAUGGUUUACAAGAACAAGCAAAUAAUUUUGUUUGUGCAAUUUUGACAAACAUUGUGUGCAGUGGCAAUGCAAGUGGAAGAUUCCUGUUGGUGGAACACCACUACGAAAGGACAUGAAACCUGUUUGACCCCAGAAGAAGGCUUUUAUAGGUUACACACAAUCGUACACACAAUCAUGCCAUUUAAAUAAAAGCAUUUUAAUUGUUAAGAAAAAA